UGUACAAUACUGUGAUGAACCUCGUGUAGGAGACAUAUGCACCGAUGGACCAAAGGUUACUCACAUAGGAGAAGGUAAAACAACCACAGUUGAUGUAACUGGCUUAGCAACAAAUAAAGCUUAUAAAUUCAGAGUGGUGAUCUAUGCGGUGUAUGAGGGUCAACUUUAUCAAGGCAGACCUGGCCCGAGAGGCGCUGAGGCAACAACGCUAUGUGGAGCUCCAACCGAAGGAUCCAAUGUAACAGAUGCCACAGCCAAUAAUGUUGAAAUAAGCAGUAUGUCAAUCACCCUCAUUUGGACG